AUUAAGAGGUCGCCAUUUUUGUUUUGCAAUCAAUUUUAUAUUUUUAAUUAUAAGAAACUUUCUGCUCAUGUUUUAUAAACACAACUCAUUCAGUGGUCGUUUAAGUUCUGCUGAACCUUUCACUGCUUAUCAGCCACAGGUAUAUGUCUUUUUAUAGUACAUCUCUUUGUAUUAGAGUCAAUAGACUUAUUAGACUAUACUAUUUUAAUACCAAUGACCUCGUUUCCAUGUUCGCCUGUUUUAGCAUGACAAGCGUACAUGAAGGUUUAAUAUAUCCCCAUGUUUCGAAUAUGUUUCUCUUUAAUCUAUCCUUCCUAAAUCUUGAGUCAAAUAAUGAACCUAUCCUUCCUAAAUCUUGAGUGAAAUAAUACACAUUAAUUAAAUAAUAUAACAAUUAAAUAAUUAACAAUUAUUGGAUGAGGUUUUUGUGAUAUGCGGAAUUAUCAAGGUCGAGGUAAGCGUUAUCAGCCGAGCCGAAGGCGAGGCUGAUAACGCUUACCGAGACCUUGAUAAUUUUGCAUAUCGCAAAAACCGAAUUCAAUAAUUGUUUUAUUAUACAUUUGAAGAAUAAUAAACAUAGUAUUUUAAAUAAUAAAACAAUUAUUGAAUUCGGUUUUUGCGAUAUGCAAAAUUAUCAAGGUCUCGGUAAGCGUUAUAUUCAAUAUGAUUUCUGGCAAAGCUGUUCAAUUAAAACGUUUCUAUAAACAAGUCUCCGGAAGUCCAACAGUUAAAUUAAUUACAAAUAUAAAAGAAACAUAUUAUCGUUAAGAUGUUAACGUAUUAAAAUAUUUACUUGUUAAAGUAAACAUUACAAUUAUGAAAUGUACAUUCAUUUGAAAAUUGAAAUGUACACUCAUUUGAAAUGUACACUCAUUCAAUUUCACGCAACCUAACACAAAAUUCAGUUAUCUGCUAGCAGAUAACUGAGUUAUCUGCUAGCAGAUAACUGAAUUUUGUGUAGGUUGCGUGAUUGCGCGAUUUAACUGUUAGCUCUUAGCCAAUCAAAUUGCUUUUACCAACUACAAUGUAUAAUAAUAUACAUAAUAUGCAGUUUUAGAUUUUGAAAGGUGUUUAAUUUAAAACACUGUUGUUUGCAAAAACGUAGAUGUGUUAUAUGCACAGUAAAAAUCUAAAUAUCUUAUUACAUAUCUUUUUCUUAUAUAUAUAAAGUUUGUAUGGCACAAUAAAUAUCUCAGUUGCGAUGUUGCUAUUGUUGUUGCUUAUAUAUUUGAGAGUGAGUUUGGAUUAGGUGUUGAAUUAGAUUUAGGAUUAUCAUUCAUAUAACUUGAUCUCCAGACACGGCUAAAUUUUUCCCUAGGUUUUGACAGAGCUUCGACCAGAGAUCCCGCGUCCAGUGAUGGCAUCAUCUGGCUCGACUGGAAGUUUUUCUAUUGCAAAUCGAACAAGUAAUAUCUUGAAAUAUCAAAAAUUGUUUCAGGUAAGGACUUGUUCAAAGUGUCUUUAUUUAAAAAUAUUGACUAACAUGUUCUUUGCCUCUCCUAGGGAGGCGACCAUGCAGCACCUGUAUAUUUACGAGGUGGUUCUCGAGACAAGAUGAUUUACAAUAUUGCAAUGGGUUUUUCUGUUGUUGGUGUUGGUGUUACCCUUGCUACCAUUUAUGCUAUGGCAUCUGGAAAAUUGAAGAAAGCAGCCUAAUACUACUAAAUAUUGUACAGCACAUGUUAUGGGCUGUAAUAUGAUCAAAUAUUAUGGUUUGGCUCAAUUUCUGUAUUUAUUAACAAAAUGAAAUAGAUUUAUGUU